CUGGAGGUGCAAUGACAAACACGUGUUCUCUUUAGUUGAAGGGGAUCUCUUGACGAACAAACUACUCUGGAUGUCAAAUGAGAGUGAAGAUGCUUUGGUCCUGGGUCUGCCUCUUGUUUUCCACUCUCUGUGUGACUGCGACGUAUGGCGGCAAGGUGCUUGUUUUUCCAGUGGAUGGGAGCCACUGGGUGAACAUGAAAGUUAUUAUUGAGGGACUACACUCCAGAGGCCACCAGGUUGAUGUUAUACGAACAGACGACAGUUGGUACAUUAAGGAAAAGUCCCCACUCUACACCUCCAUCACACUUGACGUGGAGUCGGGCUUCAACAAAGAUUUCAUUGUGAUGUUUGUGCAGCAAUUACUGAAAAUCCAGCGGGAAGGGAACUUCGCCUGGACUCGUUUUAAACUGGAAAUGGAGCAAGGUGAAAAAGCCUCGGUGAUGCAUGAAAAAACUGGCAAAUUGCUGGAGUGGAUUUUUGAGAAUAAAACCUUGGUGGAGUCUCUGCAAAGCGCCAAGUACGACCUUGUUCUGACAGACCCAGGAGUGCCAGCCGGUGUUAUUUUUGCCCAUUACUUGAAGUUACCUCUCGUUUUCAACGUGAGAUGGACCAGUCACGGCGAGGGCCAUUUAGCAAUCGCGCCAUCCCCUCUGUCAUAUGUGCCCAUGACAGGAACAGAACUUUCUCAUAACAUGAGAUUUUUUGAAAGAGUUCUGAAUGUUUUGGUGUUUCUCUUUGGGGAAUAUCAAAUCUCAAAGUAUGUAAAACCACAUUAUGAAGGCAUAAUCAAAAAGUAUUUAGGCCCUAAUGAAGACUAUUGUGCACUGUUCCAAGCAGCAGACCUGUGGCUCAUGAGAGUGGACUUUGUCUUUGAGUUUCCUCGCCCCACCAUGCCCAACGUCAUCUACAUGGGGGGCUUCCAGUGUAAACCUGCCAAGCCUUUACCGGACCACCUGGAGGAGUUUAUUCAGAGUUCUGGAGAGCACGGAGUCAUCGUCAUGUCUCUGGGGACUCUAAUCGGAGAACUUCCCGCCGACUUAGCUGAUGACAUCGCGGCCGCUUUUGCCAAGCUCCCCCAGAAGGUCAUCUGGCGGUAUAAAGGUGCUAAACCUUCCACUCUGGGCAACAACACUCUCCUGGUGGACUGGAUGCCGCAGAACGACUUGCUGGGACAUCCCAAGAUGAAACUCUUCGUGGCUCACGGUGGGACAAAUGGUGUCCAGGAAGCGAUUUACCACGGAGUUCCAAUCCUCGGGCUACCGCUCAUUUUUGAUCAGCGAGAUAAUCUGUUCAGGAUCGAAGUGAGAGGAGCAGGGAAAGUCGUGGAUAUAUUCACCAUGGAUCAACAUAUUUUCUUCCAGAGCAUACAGGAAGUCCUGACUGAUCCGUCCUACAAGAACAACAUGGAGAGGCUGUCCAGGCUGCACAGAGAUCAGCCCAUCCCGCCGCUCGACAACGCCCUCUUCUGGAUUGAGUUGGUCAUGAGGCACAAGGGUGCAGCUCACCUGAGGACAGAGUCAUACAAGCUGCCCUGGUACACUUACUAUUCUCUGGACGUGCUCCUCUGCUUAGCCGCUGUGGUACUGCUUAUUCUCAGUGCUCUUAGCACCUUUAUUUGCUGUCUUUGCUCCAAAGUGUGCUUGAAAAGAAAACAUAAACAUGAUUAAAGUAAUCUAAAAGUCACUUGAAACGUGAGAUGCAGAAGAUACAGGCGAAUGACUGCGAAUUAACUUCACAAGUUCGACCUUAUCAUAAGACAAAAUGUUCUGUGUGACGAAUCGACAGUGUUGCAGAAAUCUGUAACAAAAAUGAAACAAGUUGAGUCAAAUCAUCACUUUAAGUAAGUCAGAAGUGCACAUUGGGCACUUUUGUGCUCAUUGUCUGUACUGUACCUAACAUUCACAAUCACAUAAUUUUUUUAAUGGUCCAAACCAGUCUCCUUACGAUCUAUUAUUUGAUUGUCCUCUCAGUUAAAUGCGUAACCAACAUAAAAUGUAGUUAAUAUUUGGCCAUCCAUUCUUGAAUAUAAAAUUCAAGUCACUUAUUUGUCUUUGCGGGUUGUACAGUGACGAUGAUGUUUUAGUUGUUGUGUCUCGUAGUUGUAAACCAUUUCGAUUUUAUCAAAAGCAUAAUCCUUGAAUCCAAAUUGAAUUAUCUUCAGCGCUUUCCUCAUGAUACUUGUUUCAUGUGGUAGCCUCUGCAUGCCGCAUUACAACAUAAUGGUGGGGUCCCAGAUUUGUGUGGACUCCACAAAAAAACAAAAAACAUAAAAAAAAAAAAAAGACCUAUUUGCAAAUUCUGAUUUUCAAAUGUAAACAAGUAAGUAAGUGUCAAGUCAUGGAGUACAAGUCUAGUUUUAGGCACAAGUCCUAAAAUUGGCGACAUUAGUCUGUCACAUGACUUGACUGGAGUUCCCACCUUAUGCCAAUGACAACCAAGGAAUUGCAGGUUACGUCCAUCCAAGUACUGUAUAAAGAAAGUCAAUAAACUACAGGAAGGUGCAAAAGUCUUAUGUUACCAUUAAACUUAACAUAACACAAUAACAAUGUAAUGCAUUACAAACUAGCAUGUCAAUCAGUAGAGACCUCUGCCAAGGCCAAACUGUCAAAAUGCUGUGGGGAGGUGGAUGCUUUCACUGAUGUCAUACAUUUAUUUAAUUGCUAACAUUGACAGGCACAUAUUUAAUAUAUAUCUUAAUUGAUAUUUUCAUUACGUAGUUAUGAGUAAGUUAAUGUGUCUGUUCACACAAUAUUCAGAUAGUGUGCAGUAGUUCAAAUGCCUUUUAACAUUGCCUCUUUAUAAUGUUCAAAAUAAAUGUAAUAAAAAGGCAUAUCAAACCAUGAA